CGCAAAAAGCACCACCUGUUCUCCGAGUGAAUGCCAAAAGCGAUUCCUUUUCAUUUCGGAGCAAAAUUCCAGCAAAAAUUAACCCUUUUCUGGCAUUUGGUUAAUUAGGUCGGGGCUAAUUGCGGUGGCGAUCUUUGCCAAAGGUCACCGACCCUGGCCUUUCGUUCCGCUACAGUUGUUAUUUUCACGGACUUGCCGUGUCAAUAGCGAUUCGCCCCGUUUCACACCAACAGAGCUCCGCCCCUUUUCAAAACACGUACUUUUCUUUUCUGGCUACGGAAACGACUCAAAAUUUUGUGCAGCCACCGGCCGGACGUCUGUGGGACACAACGUGAACCGGCCAGUUUAUUUUCUAUUUCAAACCUGAGGAUAUCCCCCAGGAAAUGUUGACACGUGAAACUUGAAAAUUCCGGAAAAAGGGAAUAAUAGACAGAUGUGUCCUGCGUCAACGCGGCCUAAAAAGUAGCGGACGAGCCGCACACCAAAUGAACCCUUCUGUUGAUAAUUCGCGUCUGAUUGUGGGCUGCUCUGCUGAUAGUGAGCCACGACAACACUUCAGGGCUUUUAAUUGAAGACGAAAAUUUGCUGCACUGUUAAUUUUAUCAAAUGAGGAAAAUGCGGCUGCGGAAGAUUUUCGCCCUGGUGGGUGCCGUGACGGUGCUCGGAGGGUGCGUUCUGCUCUACCUGGUGCUUGACCUCACCCUGAUCCCCUCGGCCAACCACGCUCCCCUCACCAGAGAGAGUCACUCGUCCAAUACAAAGUGGGGCAAACAGUUUGAAUCUAGCCUGGAAAAAUUGGAAGGAGACAUCAAAAGGAACCAAAACAAGGUUCAGGAGAUCAAGGAAGCCAUCGACACCAUCAGCGAACUCGUCCACAUCAACACUGACCUCAAGGAUGCAGAGAAUGAGGUUCAGGCUGCUGACGAUAGGACGUGUCCGGCACCGACUGUGGCCGACGUCCUGAUGCUCGACCUCUACAACAGCAUCCCCUUCGACAACCCUGACGGAGGGGUGUGGAAGCAGGGGUGGAACAUUGAGUACAACAAGCAGCAGUGGGGACCCAAGAGGAAGCUCAAAGUCUUCCUCAUCCCCCAUUCUCACAAUGACCCUGGUUGGUUGAAGACCUUUGAAGACUACUACCACUCGCAGACGAAAGCCAUCCUGACCAACCUGAUUGCGAAACUGUCGGAGGACUCGAGGCGCAAGUUCAUCUGGGCCGAGGUGUCGUACCUGAUGUUGUGGUGGUCCGAGCAGAACGACCAGAACAAGGAGAAGCUGCGGCAGUUGGUGCAGAGCGGGCAGCUGGAAAUUGUGACCGGCGGUUGGGUCAUGAAUGACGAGGCCAACGCCCACUUUUGGGCCGUGGUGCAGCAGCUGACCGAGGGUCACGAGUGGCUGAUGCAGCACCUGGGCGUGCGACCCAAGCACGCGUGGGCCAUCGACCCUUUCGGCCACUCGGCCACCGAGGCUUACAUCCUCAAGAAGAGCCGCAUGGAGUUCUCCCUGAUCCAGAGGGUGCAUUACUCGGUGAAGAAGCGCCUGGCGCAGGACAAGGGUCUCGAGUUCCGGUGGCGCCAGGGCUGGUCGGGCCCCUCCACUGACAUGCUCACCCACAUGAUGCCCUUUUACAGCUACGACGUGCCGCACACUUGCGGCCCUGACCCCAAGGUGUGCUGCCAGUUUGACUUCAAGAGACUGCCAGGGUACGGCGUGACCUGUCCCUGGCGAAUUUCGCCCCAGCAGAUCACGGACGACAACGUUCGGCAGAGGGCGGAGCUGCUGCUUGACCAGUACCGUAAAAAGGCCCAGUUGUACCGGACCAACGCGCUGCUGGUGCCUCUGGGUGAUGACUUCAGGUACGACCAUUCGGCCGAGUGGGACGCUCAGUUCAACAACUACCAGGCUCUCUUUGACCAUAUGAACUCGAGGCACGACCUCUAUGUUGAGGCCAAAUUCGCCACUCUUGCCGAUUAUUUUAAUGCUUUGAAAGCGGAGACUGGAGGGGAGAAAAAUCUUCCUUCUUUGACGGGUGACUUCUUCACCUAUGCUGACAGAGAUGAUCAUUACUGGAGCGGCUACUUCACCUCAAGACCCUACUACAAGAGACUGGACAGGGUCCUAAUAGGCUACCUGAGAGCGGCAGAAGUUCUGUUCUCACUUGCCUGGGGUCACGGAAAGUCCGAGGACAACAAAGGAGUGACGCAGUGGCUCACUUCUCCGCACGCUGGGCUUCGAACAAAGCUGGACAUGGCCAGGCAGGCAAACGCCCUCUUCCAGCACCACGACGGUGUCACCGGCACUGCCAAGGACCACGUGAUGAGGGAUUAUGGCAACAAAAUGAUCAAGGCCAUUGAUGCUGCGCAGCAUGUUAUCCAAAUGAGCACUCAGUAUUUGCUCUAUCAUCAGUUAAAUCCUCAACUUGAUCCUAAUGACAUUUAUUUCCACUUGGACGACACAAGGCCCAGAACAGGGGCCUUGUCGAAGAGAAACAAAAUCACCUUCGGAGAGGGUCUUGCCACUAGAAAAAUUGUCCUUUUCAACUCAUUGAACAGAGCCCGAACUGAAUUCGUAAAACUCAGAGUCGCUCAAUACAAUGUCAAGGUUUCAGAUUAUGACGGCCAAUCUGUGCCUAGUCAGGUGCAGCCGUUGUUCGACGAGAUGGCUUCGAUGGUGGACGGCGAAUACGAGUUGAUUUUCAUCGUUACAGUGCCACCCUUCUCCUUGUCCACCUACCUCAUUUCGUGGACGAGCAGUGUCGAGGAGCAAGUUCCGCUGGCUUCUGUCUCUCUAGCCAACCACCAAGGGCAGCACAGACUGCACUCGGCUGAAGGUUUCGAGCAAAUCGGCUCUUUGCCUGAAGGCCAGGAUAUCAAAGUGACUUCCCAGCAACUGUCUGCGGUCUUCUCAAACCACGGUCUGCUCAGAUCGGUCACCGUCCAGGGCCUAACCAUUCCUGUCAAGCUCGAGUUCGUCCAGUACGGCGCUCGAAAGGGUGGAGAGAGGAGCGGCGCUUACCUUUUCCUGCCAGACGGGCCCGCCAAGAUUGUAACCACCAGACAAGCGCCUCUCGUCAGGGUCAUCAGCGGCCCUGUGGCCACACAGAUCGAAGUCCAGUUGCCGUUUGUACUGCACACAGCAACCAUUUAUAAUUGCUCAGGAGAAGUUGGAGGUUCGAUUGAAAUUGUCAACCUUGUCGAGCUGGUGGACGGAAACAACAUUGAGAUUGCCAUGCGUUUUUCCUCAGACAUCGAAAGUGGUGACACUUACUUCACUGAUCUCAACGCCUUCCAAAUGAUCGAGAGGAGGCGUCAACUCAGCAAACUGCCACUGCAGGCUCAUUACUUUCCCAUGUCAAGUAUGGGCUUCAUUGAGGACAGUGGAGUCCGCCUCUCUUUGGUUUCAGGGCAGCCGCUCGGAGCGGCUUCUCUGCAGACUGGCCAAUUUGAGGUCAUGCAGGACAGGAGACUCGGUCAGGAUGACAACCGUGGCCUGAACCAGGGAGUUCAGGACAACCACCCGACUCCCAACGUCUUUCGCCUGCUGCUGGAGCGCAAGAGCUGUCAGUCUGACCAUUGGCCGCGCGCCUCUCUGGCCGCCCACCUAAGCCACCAGUCCCUGCUGAUGCCCUUGGUGCACUUGAUUGCCGCAGGCGACCCACUCGUUCCUCUCAAGCCCUCCUUCACCCCCAAUUCGAAGUCUGAGUGCGGCCUGCACGUUCUUAACCUUCGCACCAGCUGGCUGAAGGUACGUCCCAGGGCAGGCCUGGUCGUUCACCAGCUGUCUUGGGACGAGUGUCUGCCCCCACCCCCAGGCCUGCAGUGUGCUCCAGAGAUGAGCAGUUUGGUCAACGUGAGUUCCGUGCUGCCCGGAUUCUUCGGUGCUAAAAUGAAAAAGGCGUCCCUCACAUUCCUGCACGAGGCCGAGGAGGUGUCCACGCUUCACGCCCAACCAGUGUGUCCCAACGAACUGGCCGCUUUCCUGCUUGGCUAAUUCAAAAACAACUCGCCUGUGAUCUUAUCGGUGUUUCCGUUUUUUAUAUUACUUAAGUUCUACGAAUUCCUUUUUAAUUGCAUUUGUGACUGUUGUGUUGUGCAUUUAAAAAAUAUUCACCCCGAGAAAACAAUGCUGAACUGAGAAAGUCAAGUGCAACGAGAUUUUCACUAGGGACAGGCCCUUCCCGAAUCACAAUUAUUACCAGAGAUUAUUGUAAUCGGAGUUAGAGGAAAUUUCAUUUUGUAGGCAAGCAACAUAAGUCAGAAAUUUUGAAUGGUUGUGAUUGUUACUGUAUCGUCGAACAUUAAUUUUAACUCCUGAAUCACCUAUGAAAUAAAAGAAGUACCAAUAAGA